GCAGGAGGCGGGGCCGCCGCAGCCGCGGGAGCAGCCGAGAGCGGGAUGGGUCCGGCCGGGCUGCGCCGCGCCCGCGGACUUAGAGCAGAAGUCCCUGUUGCUUUGAGAAGCACAAUGACCAUCUCACAGCUCUGUUUGGAGGAGAGGGCAUAGAAGGUCUGCUGCCACUGCACUCUCCCGAGGUGUGUGGUAAAAAUGGUGCAGAAAUACCAGUCCCCAGUUCGAGUCUACAAAUACCCUUUUGAGCUCGUCAUGGCAGCCUACGAGAAACGCUUUCCUACGUGCCCAGAGAUCCCAGUCUUCUUGGGGAGUGAAAUCCUGCACGAAUCCAGGAGUGAGGACGGGGCCAUCCAUGUCAUUGAGCGGAGCUGCAAGUUGAACGUGGAUGCUCCCAGGCUGCUGAAGAAGAUUGCAGGGGUAGAGCAUGUCUUCUUCAUCCAGAGGAACACGGUGAACUGGAGGGAGAGAACACUGCUCAUCGAAGCCCACAACGAGACCUUUGCCAACCGGGUGGUGGUCAGGGAGACCUGCAGCUACUCAGUUCACCCUGAGAACGAGGAGUGGACCUGCUUUGAGCAGUCAGCCUCUCUCGACAUCAAAUCCUUCUUUGGCUUUGAAAGCACCGUGGAAAAAAUUGCCAUGAAGCAGUACACCUCCAACAUCAAACGGGGCAAGGAGGUGAUUGAGCACUACCUGAAGGAGCUGAUCUCCCAAGGGAUCACGUUCAUCCCGCGCUGGAGCCCUCCUGUGGCGGAGGAGGAGGAGGAGGAGCGAGCCCCGGCGGUGGGCCGGGCCCCCGGUGCCAUCCUGCUGGAAUCCGGGGCUACUGGCACCAGCAGGGAGCGGCCUGCCAGCCCCUGCCCGCCCCCAGAGGCUGCCAGCCCUGACGCUGACAAACUGGAUGCUGAUUACAUCGAGCGCUACCUGGGCCAGCUCACCCCGCUGCAGGAGAGCUGCCUGAUCCGCCUGCGCCAGUGGCUCCAGGAGACUCACAAGGGAAAGAUCCCCAAGGACGAGCACAUCCUGCGGUUCCUACGCGCCCGCGACUUCAACAUCGACAAAGCGCGGGAGAUGCUGUGCCAGUCGCUGGCCUGGCGCAAGCAGUACCAGGUGGAUUUCAUCCUGCAGUCCUGGAGACCCCCGGCCCUGCUGCAGGAGUACUACACUGGGGGGUGGCACUACCAGGACAAAGAUGGGCGGCCACUCUACAUCCUCCGCCUCGGGCAGAUGGACACCAAGGGUUUGGUGAAGGCCUUGGGAGAGGAAUCCCUGCUGAGACAUGUUCUGUCCAUUAAUGAGGAAGGACAGAAGAGAUGUGAGGAAAACACCAACAUCUUUGGCCGCCCCAUUACAUCCUGGACAUGCCUGGUGGACUUGGAAGGGCUCAAUAUGAGGCACCUCUGGCGGCCUGGGGUGAAGGCCCUGCUCAGGAUCAUUGAGGUGGUGGAGGACAACUACCCCGAGACCCUGGGGAGGCUCCUGAUCGUGAGAGCACCACGGGUCUUCCCUGUGCUCUGGACCCUGGUCAGUCCCUUUAUCAAUGAGAAUACACGGCAGAAGUUCCUCAUCUACAGUGGCAAUAACUACCAGGGCUCAGGAGGGCUGGUGGACUAUGUGGACAAGGAUGUGAUCCCAGACUUCCUGGGAGGAGACUGCAUGUGCACUGUCUCAGAGGGGGGGCUCGUCCCCAAGUCCCUGUACCAGACCGAGGACGAGUCGGAGAACUCGGAUCACAUCCGACUGUGGACAGAAACCAUCUACCACUCUGCAAGUGUCCUCAAAGGAGCCCCACACGAGAUACUCGUGGAGAUCCUGGAAGGGGAGUCUGUCAUCACCUGGGACUUUGACAUCCUGAAGGGAGAUGUGGUGUUCAGCCUCUUCCACUCCAAACGAGCUCCUGAGCCAAGUCACAAAGAAGCCACAUCACCAAGUCCCUCUGGUGCAGGGGACAAUGUGCAGCUCAUUGACAAGACCUGGGUGCUGGGGGUGGAUUACAGCCGGGUGGAAUCUCCCCUGGUCUGCAGGGAAGGAGAGAGCAUCCAGGGGUCCCAUGUCACACGCUGGCCUGGCUUUUACAUUCUGCAGUGGAGGAUGCAUGGGCCCCUGCCCUGCUCCAGCUCCAGCCUGCCCCGUGUGGAUGAUGUCCUGGCCUCCCUGCAGGGCUCCAGCUACAAGUGCAAGCUUAUCUACUACUACGAGGUGCUGGCCUCCAAGGACUUCAGGGGAUCCAUGUCCAGCCUGGAAUCUUGCACCAGUGGCUUUUCCCAGCUGAGUGGAGUCACCACAGCUUCCAGCCAGUCCCAGAGCAGCUCCCACCUCUCCAGAUAGCAGAGCCAGGGCUCCAGCAGCAGGGGCACCCCGGGGCUGCUCCAGCCCCAAACCAAAGAGCUCCAGGCCUGAGCCGUGGGGCAGCCGCAGCCAUUUGGGCACAGAAAGGCCUCUGGGGGCUGCUGCAACCACAAAAACUGAAAUUCCAAGGGCAGGUUUUGUGGUUUUGGGUCAGCUGCCUGCUUCUCAGUAGCCUCCUUCAGCACCUGUGGAUUUUGGGUGCCUGUGAGUUAGCAGGAUCCACUCCACUCCAAAGGGCUCUUCCAUCGGUCCUGUCCCCCAGAGGAGGCUGAUGUUGCCUUACUGUUGGACCUUGAGAGAAUUCCUGGGUGGCAAAGCUAAGGGAGUGUCCUGGCUGCCCACAGGGUACUGCCUCCACACUGGGCAGUCAAGGGGGCAUUCCAGGGGCAGGGCCUUAGGAGGAACUGCCAACACCUGGGUACAGACAGGAUGGUUCAGAAAUCACUUCCAGGCCAAACCAAAAACCUCUUCUGGUCUGGCAGGAUGCUCUGGGAAAUGUGUUGGAUUUUUUUAACCCUGCUGAGAAACAAAAAGUCAAAAGGUUUUUUUCUUUUUUAGAAAUUCCAGGCAUUGAAUCUGCCUGCAGUGAGUGGCAUUUUCCAAACUAUUGUUUCUUUUUACUCAGGUUUACAGCAAUAAUGAAUAGGUCUGUCCCAUUCCCGAGCGGAUGGGAACUGAAUCCAGUCCUAAAGGGCUAAGAAAAGCAAUAUUUGAUUUCCUGAAGGCACAAGAUUUUCUGGCAGUAUUACAGAACUUGCUUCUUCUAAACAUGAGCUCACUUGAAACCAUUCAGAGAGACAUGUAUGUAUGUAAGCACUUACUGAAGCCUAUUUAUUCUAUACUAGCUUAUUUUAAAUUAUUUUUAACUUAUUAUGACAGAAAUUACUAUUUAUUAAAUACAGUCACCUUUUUUAAUGGGGUGAACUUUGUUUUAGAAAGGAAAAACUGAUUGUCUUCAAUCCCAAGCAAUCUUUCUGCUUGGGUCCUGAUCUUUGUGAUCAAUGGAUGUUCUUGCAAAAGGGCUGCAUUGGGUAAGGGCUUGUGUCACCUUCCUUGCAAGGAGAGAUGAGAGUCCCCUGCUUUUUUAGACUGUUUUUUAGGAUUAAGAAACAAGAAUUGAGUUCAGGAGUUGUCAUGAAGAUGCACUGUCUUCCUACACACCAAAAAUGCCACAUUUGUCCCUAAUCUCUGAUUGUUCUUGCAGUCAGGAUGGGGAGCAAAGUUAUCCAUGUUGUUGUCCAGAUGAAAAAAAAAAUGAGAGCAGGUGUCAAAUACUCACCACGUUUUUAUUCAGGAAUCUGUGAAGUUGUUCCUUCCCACCCUGGUGUUUUUAAUCCCUGGUUUUGAAGCACCAGGCUCUGCCAAAAGAGAAAAGAGCCAAAAUAUUUGGGACAAUGGGAGACAAAGAACUUGGCACGGGUUUGAGUUGUUUGGUGAGGUUUUUUAAGGAUUGGAGACAAGGGAAUCACUGUGCACCUUGCAUCUCUGCCUGUGAACGGGUAACUUGGUUAUGUAGAGCUCAGGGAAGUUCUGAUUUCCAAUUCUCAGUUGUUCCAUAGACUUUCAUGUUUCUCCCAGAGAAAUGAAACUUCUGUCUCUAGCAUUUCAGCAUAACUGGAGUCUGAUAAAGAGGGACAAAUGUAAAUGUAAUUCCCACCUUUCCUCUGGAAGGUCAGGAAUUCUGGAAGCAAAAGUGCAUGUGUGUAUCCCUCAUGGAAAAUCCUUGACCCAGAAUAAAAUCUAAUUCUGGAAAGUUUCAGACUCCCAAAGCCUCAGGAGCAAACCCAGCCCUGUCCCCCUGUGCUGUUUCAGGAUUUUACCUUCCCUUCUCACAUGGUUGCUCACAUUGGUAGCAUUCCUGUUCCCUGCCUUUGCUCUGGGUAAGAAUCUCUUCCUUUGCCCUGGAUUUUUUGUUUUGUAAAUUUGUUUUGAAAUGUGGGAUAUGCUGUUUUCUGCCCACCAGAAGUUUGACUUUUGUCAGUGAAGGAACUUGGCCCCUGGCAGAUCUCUGAAGGGUGAGGUCAGGGGUGGUUCCACAGAGUGUUCCUGGCUCUGGGGAUAAUCCCAAUCCCAGUUUUAACUCUUGUCCCUUGGCAGCACCACUCAUUUCUCUGCCCAUCAGAGAUCGUGCACAGUCUGUGAAGCAGCUUGUGACCUCUCCUUGGCAAGGCUGCCUGGUUUAUCCCACCUGACAAUUUACUCUGAAACCAUUUGAAUUUAAAUAAUUCAAUAUUUUUUCCUUUUUCUCCUGAAUAUUAGCAGGAGAAAGGGAGCAACAGCCUGGAUGCUGUGCUGUGCUUUCUAAACCUGACCUUGUGAACUGCAGAUACCAGAGACAUAGAAUUCUCCUAUAUCACCUUUUUCCCCCUCAAACUACAUCAGUGUGCUUUAGAAAAUAAACUCAGAGUUUUCUUCACAGUAAGCUGAGUCUGGGAGGGAUUUUGGAUCCUCAGAAAGCUCCUAAGCCAGAACCUUGGGCAAUGGGCUCAUUUUGGGUGAUGCAGCAAAGCCCUCCCUGCUCCCUCCCCAGCAGCGAGGCUGCUGAGCUUGGGCUGUGUGCAGGGAAGGAGCUGCUGGAUAAAAAGUGGCUCCCAGGAAAUUGGGGCUGUCCUGGUCCAGAUAUUCCCUAUGCAAACACAACACCUACCUCAGAGCUGGUGCCAUGUCCCGUGGUGGCAGGGAGUGCAGGAUGCUGUACCAGAGGUCACACAUCCAGAUGUGACACCUUCAUUGCCAGAGUUCUCCAGGUGUGCCCCGUUCCCUGGGCUCUGUCCAGGGCUGGGAAGAGCAAACACAGAGCCUGAGGAUGGAUGCUGGAUGGCCUCAGCUGUCGUUCAGGGCACAGUCCUGAGCCGUGUUUUGCUGCUUUCCGCUGUGAAAACGGCUCUGUCCCCGCUGAAGGAGGAGGCUGAGCCCCCGGGGCACCAGGGGCGGCUCCAGCACCGCAGGCUGCUGGGGGAGCGCUGGGAGUCGGCUCUGGGGCUCUCUCAGAGAGGCACCGCAGCAGCUCAGUCAUUCCUCAGCUCCUGAACUCAGCUCAGUCAUUCCUCAGCUCCUGAACUCACUGUUGGAAACAAUUCCUGCUGGUGAGCAGGCCAGGCACUCCUGAGUGACUGAGAUGCAGCUGAGCUCCUCUGCUCUGCCACUCUGGUUCUGUCUGUUCCCUUUCAGGAACUGUGAAUAACAAUUUGUAAUCCCAGUUUGGUUUGCUGGCAGAUUCUGAAAAUGCCAUAAUCCACUCACAAUUCCCACUAGGAAGUGGCAAGCCCAGCUGUCCACCACACUGGGCUGGGAAGCUGCUGGGGCUGAGGCCAACCCUGCUCCAGGCAGGGAAUCCCUCAUUUCAAAAGGCAUUUUAUGAGCUCACACUGCUUUAAUGUCCCAAAUGUUUGUACUGUGAGCAAUUAAUGCAAGGAACAGCUAUUAGAGAUUUACUUGACAGCAGCUGUCAAAGAUUCCUGCAUGCAAUUACCUUUAAUAUUCCUCCACCACCUUUGUGAUGCUCCUUACAUCUGAUUAUGUCUCUCUUGGAAGGUGAAAUUGGAGUCAAGUCACAUUUGCUGGCUUUUAGUGACACCAACAUGCCCUUCCAAGCUUUCAGUUACACCUAAGAUAAAUGGGCAUUAAUUAAGUUUUUUAGCAGCACUUACUUUCUCUCCUUUGCAGCUGGCUUUGGUUUUAUACACUGAAGUCUUCAUUUUUCUCAGCCAAAACCCUCAAACCUCCUGUAAGAGCCCCCUGCAGGGCAUUGAAAUAACAGAUGUCCUCCUGUGACAGUGUGUGUGAGUCCUGGUAGAGCUGUACUUUUGGGUAUGUGGGAAAUAAAAUAUCUCUGAGAAGA